AGCGAUCGAUAGAAAGAGGGCGGCAAAGUCAUGCGCGCCUGGGCCAAGUCUGGGCCCAAUGCGUCCUGGUGGGCGCUGGCCAACGCCUCGGGCUGUCCGGGCUGUGGCGCCAACGCCUCGGACGGCCCGGUCCCCGCGAUGCGGUCCGUGGACGCCUGGCUUGUGCCGCUCUUCUUCGGCGCGCUAAUGCUGCUCGGCCUGACGGGGAACUCGCUGGUCAUUUUCGUCAUCUGCCGCCAAAAGCAGAUGCGCACGGUGACCAACUUCUACAUAGCCAACCUGGCAGCCACAGACAUGACCUUCUUGCUGUGCUGUGUGCCCUUCACCGCCCUACUCUACCCACUGCCUGCCUGGGUGCUGGGUGACUUCAUGUGCAAGUUUGUCAACUACAUUCAGCAGGUCUCCGUACAGGCUACGUGUGCCACUCUGACCGCCAUGAGUGUGGACCGCUGGUACGUGACGGUGUUCCCGCUGCGCGCCCUGCACCGCCGCACGCCCCGCCUGGCGCUGUCAGUCAGCUUGGGCAUCUGGGUGGGCUCCGCUGCCGUGUCGGCGCCGGUGCUCGCCCUGCACCGCCUCUCGCCCGGGCCGCGCACCUACUGCAGCGAGGCCUUCCCCAGCCGCGCCCUGGAGCGCGCCUUUGCGCUCUACAACUUGUUGGCGCUCUACCUGCUGCCGCUGGUCGCCACCUGUGCCUGCUAUGGGGCCAUGCUUCGCCACCUGGGCCGGGCCGGUGUGAGCCCGGCGCCCGCAGACAGCACCCGGCAGGGGCAGAUGCUGGCGGAGCGAGCGGACGCUGUGCGGGCCAAGGUGUCAAGGCUGGUGGCGGCCGUGGUCCUGCUCUUCGCUACCUGCUGGGGCCCCAUCCAGGUGUUCCUGGUGCUGCAGGCACUGGGCCCGUCGGGCUCCUGGCACCCUCGCAGCUACGCGGCCUACGCGCUGAAGAUCUGGGCGCACUGCAUGUCCUACAGCAACUCCGCACUGAACCCGCUGCUCUACGCCUUCCUGGGCUCGCACUUCCGGCAGGCCUUGCGCCGCGUCUGCUCCGGCGCUUCCAGGCGCCCCCGACGUCCCCCGCGGUCUGGACCCUCGGGUCUCUCCGCCCCCCGCCACGCGGAGCUGCACCGCCCGGCCGCCCUUCGCGACCCCAGGAGGUCGAAGCCGGGAAGCAGCCGGCCAGGGCGGUGCCAGCUGUGCGUCCUGAGGGAACAUGCUGCCCCUCUCUGAGCCGACUCUGGUGGAAUCGAGGUGGGCCCCCCUCUGGAACAGGUGUUGCUUGAACAGCAGUUGCCGUUAUUCUGUUAUUAAUAUCUUCAUUUUUGUCCAAGAUAAUCUUAGUGAAAAUGUCUUGUCCUCUUGUAACGUGUGUUACAAAUUGGCUGUGAUGUUUGCAGUUGUUGCUGUUGUUGUGAUUAUUAUUUCUGCAUGUCCUGACACUGAAGAUACUUUGAUGCUGGCACCGACUGGAACUUUCCAGGAAGCCCCAAUAGACGUUUUCACUCGGUUAACUGUACAAUCGCAAGAUUCAUCCCAUUGUCAGCGAUAUUAAAGUUCAAACACACCCUGCCCAAGUAGCUGAGUUGGU